AUGUCGACGACCCUCCCCCGCACAGUCCUCGCCUACCAGACAAACGCAAAACUAUACACCCUCUCAACCCUCGUCCAAGCAAUCACGCCCUUCCCCCAACUCCCGGAAUCCUCACAACAAGUCUUCAAGACCGCCACCCCCAGCCCUACAGACGAGGACUCCGUGGUGGUCACACGCGAAACAAUCUUCCACCCGCAAGGCGGCGGCCAACCGUCCGACGUCGGGCUUAUCACAUCAUCCACAAGCGAUGGCGCGAAGUUCACCGUCUCCGCGGUCCGCCAUGACGUGGCCCACGACGGCGUGGUCCUCCAUCUCGGCCGCUUCGCCUCACCCACACCAUUCACCGUGGGAGACACAGUGACGCAAUCCAUCGACGUGGACAAACGCGUCUUAUACUCCCGACUACAUACCGCGGGCCACGUGCUUGGCGCGGCCGUGCGGCAUUUGUUGGAGCGCGAGAUCCCAGGCUUCGACGAGCUCAAGGCCUCGCAUUUCCCCGACAGCGCGGCGUGCGAGUUCCGCGGCCUCAUUGGGGGGCAGUGGAAGGAGGGCAUCCAGCAGCGGGUCAACGAGUACGUUAACCGCGCGAUGCCCGUGCGCAUCGAGUUCUGGGACGAGGACGAUUUCCGGCGCGAGGGGCUCGAGAGGUUGAUUCCCACGGACGUCGAUGUGGCGCGUGGCGAAAAGUAUCGCGUCGUCCGGAUCGUGGGGGCCGAGGUCUAUCCUUGUGGGGGCACGCAUGUUGAGACGACGGAUCUUUGUGGCAAGGUUGGGGUCAGGAAGAUCAGUCGCCAAAAGGGCACGAGUCGGGUGAGUUAUAAUGUGAAUUAG